CCUGACUACCCUGACUACCCUGACUACCCUGACUACCUCAUAUGCCUUAUGACUGUUUCAUCCCGCAUUUUUGCCUUUUAACGGACUUCGUCUUUUAAGUUAUUAGUCGCUGAUUUCUUCAACCUUGAUCGACUUCCCUCCAUCUCUUUCUUUACUCCAUUCCAUCUCAUCCCACCCAAUCUCAUCCCGUUUGAUCCAGCGAACGAAUAAGCCUUGAUUCAGCUUCUUCAUUCACCUUCUUUCACCCCCUCCUCUAUCUCCCCAAACAAACAGACAAACCAUUGUUGUGACCCAACAACUUACCUACGCUCGCGCUCGCCCUUGAGCUCCUUCUUUCCAUUUCCCUCCCCCCUCGACAUCUUUAUCUACCUACUCUCUUACUAGUUGGGAGACUUAGCCCAACAAUGGCUGCCCAAGUUAACGGCGAGGUUCAUCCGUUAUCCGCGACUCUGUCGCAUAUCAGAGGAUACCCGGUGGUCAACGACAGCAUUGCCUUCAUUAAAGGGAAUCCCUAUGGCCAGAAGUCGAUAGAGCUGGGUGAUACUGCCUACAAAACUUUCGCUAAGCCGGUGUUUCCGUACCUUUCCAAGCCGUAUCAAUAUGUCUCUCCUUACAUCAAGAAGGCCGACCAGAUCGGCGAUGGUGCCCUGAACAAAAUCGAUGAACGUCUUCCCGUCCUGAAGAAACCGACCGGUGAACUGUUCAAUGAUGGUAUAAAUCUGGUCUUCUUCCCGGUCCGCAAAGGACUGGAAACCAAGGACCAUGUCUUCGACGUCUAUAACUCCGAGUACAAGAGGGUUGGAGGUGACGGCCUAGUAACAUCUAGCAAGGCGCUCGUCUCGGCUGGUCUCGUUGUCACAAGCGAAGCGCUCACCUGGAUUGGUGACCUGCUCCGAGCCGGCAAGGUCCAAGCCAAGGAAACAGGCAAUGAAAUAGCUCGCCAGGCAAACCCUUGAAAGUAUCACAGGAGGACAAAAACGCUUAACAUAGGAAUAAGGGGCGAUUCUCGGCAUAAUCUCUUUCUUUUGAUACCAUGCAUCUCUCCUCUGUCAUCAGUUUUCUAAACGGAAGUUUCAGGCAUUCAAGUUGGGAAAGUAGUCUGUCGACCAGGUAAUCUUGGGGAGGCUGUAUUAUGGGCACAUGUGGCUUGGACUUUAGGCAUUCACAUUCGCUUCUCAUCCUCGCGCUUGGGAAGAGUAUUCGGCGUCGGGGCGAGUCAUUAUCCAUCGAGAUUGUGAGACUUCGAUUCAGUUGUGUUGUUGGAUUAUUAUUAACGUUUGCCUUACUCCUGAUUGCCGAGAUGCUCACGAAGAGAAGGUGGAGGUGUACACGUACGGAUAGGAGGGGAAAAGGCGCGGAUAAAACUGAGUCGUGUUUAAUGACCUGUAUAAGAAGAUAAUAGAUUUUUGAUCCCAACAUGGACGGUGCUUCUUAUUUCUUAUUUUUGUGACCUGUUCUCCAAUUAGUAAAAAUAAACGCACUUACAUGACUUCAAGCCAGAUUCGUUCUGCCGCAUAGCAUCAAUGUCGAUCAAUGUU